AUGAAGAGGAAAGGUCCCCUCGUCAAGUGGCUUGCGAAAGGCGGGGUUUCAAUUCUCCACCAGUGUGAAGAACUUUUUUCAGGAGCUGGUGAUGGAAGUCGUCUGGCCACAAAAACUACGCCUGCACUGAACCCCAUGCCGGCCACACUCUACACAGUGAGAUGUUCCCGAAACGUUCGCUCCAAAUUAGUCUUGGAUGUCGGCAGAGUACUUGUCGAUUCUAUGACCGAAAAACUACACAAAUUGUUGUCUGAUGACCGUGACAAAUCAUCCGGCGAUAAUGGCGUUUUGUCUACCAUAGGAGGGAGGUGCCAGUCCAACCAUAACUGCUUGGCAGCGUCCACAUCCAUUUGGAGGGCGUUGGCAUUGGAACUCCAAGAUUUCAAGUCGUCCGCAAAGGUUGACAUGGACUUGCAAGAACAUCUGGGAGGACGUUAA